AUGGUCUCUUCAGCGCUUUCUCGCUUCCUCUCAGACUUCACACUCGGCUUCGCAGAUGGCCUCACGGUGCCAUUCGCCCUGACCGCCGGGCUCAGCUCCCUCGGCCGCAGCGAGACGGUCAUCUACGCCGGUCUCGCGGAACUAUGCGCGGGUUGCAUCAGCAUGGGCAUCGGCGGCUACCUAGCCGCGCGGGACUCGUCGCACAAUAACUCUCGAAUGGUACUGCCUCCGCCGUCGCCGCCGUCAGCAGAUGGAGAGGAACAGGGAAGGUUAUUGUCGGCGGAAAGGCACAGCGAGGACGAACUCGACGAAGAGAAACGCAGCACAGGACGGUCCGUAGGCGAUGAAGAAGAAGAAGCAGUGCUGCGGUAUCUUCAACCCCUGGGAUUACCCGAGACCACCGUCGCGAUGGUGGUCGGCGCCGUGAGAUCGCAGUCGGGAGGGUUGGGCUGGGCUUCGGAACGAAUCAAGGGCGCGCAAGCCAGCCGACCCGAAUUCCUGGCCGAAAUGGACGCUUGCGAAACGAGCCAACCGCCGAUAUCGCCAAUCUUUUCGGGCCUGUCCAUCGCGCUCGGAUAUCUUUGCGGCGGGCUGAUGCCUCUGCUGCCGUACUUGUUCGCCUCGAGCGUGGGCCAGGGGCUGCUGUGGAGCAUCGUCGUCUGCCUCGUUGCCUUGUUCGCCUUUGGUGCCGGGAAGAGCUGGUUGCUGGGUGAUGGCAGGACAUCACGGAUACGGUGCCUGUGGGAGGGCUUUCAGAUGAUGUUGUUCGGCUGCUGUGCCGCGGGAGCUGCGGUGGUGUGUGUACGAUUAGUUGACCAGAAAUGGACCUGA